CGCUCCUCAGCCUCAAGCGCCACAAUCACUGGACUCACUUCCAUACUGUCAUUAAGUUAUGUCUUUCAAUCGGCUUGAUGGCUUUUCAUUGAUUGCAUCUACGACGAAUGACAACGGCCAGCGCCCGGAUAGCGAACGAAGUGGGCGUUCCACCUUGUGCUGAGCCAUUUCAGAAUAGACCACCAACACUCGGAGAUUCUUCCGCUACCCACUCUCUACACCACAGUAUGUUUUUCAGACAAUGCUCGCUUGAGGAUGAAUCCUUUCCAGCUUUACUGGCUCUGUUGACAUCGUGGCCGUCUGGCGGGCGGUGGCGAAGCCGCCACCUCAGCUAAGGCUUGGAAUAGCCAUGCUCAGUCCCAUGCCGUCGAUUGGAAUAACGCGGCAUCGUGAUGUUAGAGUGUGCCUCGUCUCUCAGAUGGUCGGUUCCUGGCUUUCCACUGCAGCCUCUAUCGAGUGCUUUAAUACAACCGUAUCUGCCGCAAGAAUGUGUACUAUCAUCACCUCGAACUCUGAUCCUCAAACGCCAACAUGAACUCUCUGCUCAGCGCCGCCGGGCUGGUUUUGACUCUUGCUUCCAUCUCACUAGCAGCACCUUUCCAAUACAACAAGAAUCUGUCGCCCCGCAACAGUGUUCAAGCAAGUCCUGGGGCAGCGACCUACGACUACGUUAUUGUCGGAGGCGGUACCGCUGGCCUGGCCAUGGCCGCAAGACUCUCAGAGAAGGGCUCGAGAAGUGUGGCAGUCAUCGAAGCUGGCACGUACUACGAGAGCUUUGGAAAUACGAGUGAAAUCCCGCUCUUUGACACGUUAUGGACCGGCAAAGAUCCAGAAGACACAAACCCCAAUGUGGACUGGGGCUUUGUCACCAUCCCGCAGAAGGGAGUUUUCGAUGCAGAGAUCCACUACCCUCGAGGAAAAUGUCUGGGAGGCAGCAGCGCCCGUAACUACAUGGGCUAUCUCAGAGCCACGAAAGGCUCGUACCAACAGUGGGCCAACAUGGUCGGGGACAACUCGUACACAUACGACAACUGGUUGCCCUACUUCAAAAAGAGUCUCGAUUUCAACCCUCCGGACAUGAGCAAGCGAGCAUUGAACGCCACACCGCAAUAUGAUUCCGGCAGUCUUGGAAGGGGUGGUCCCCUCUCCAUCACCUUCCCCAACUACGCUCAGGCAAUCUCCUCGUGGGUCCAGAAGGGCAUGCAAGAAGUUGGUAUCGCGGUCAGCAGCGGCAUCACAAGUGGAGUCCUCAUGGGCUCUUCCUAUGUCAUCGCAACCCUCCAGGGCAAUCAGAAGCGCGAGUCGUCCUCGACUGCGUUCUUGACUCCUGCAGCAAGUCGGUCCAACUUGAAAAUCUACACCAACACUAUGGCAAAGAAGAUUGUCUUCUCAAACAAGACCGCAAAAGGGGUCCUUGUUUCGACUGGAAGCCAACAAUUUACCUUGUCGGCCAAACGCGAAGUGAUCCUCGCGGCGGGAGCUUUCCAAUCGCCUCAACUGUUGAUGGUCUCCGGUGUUGGCUCUGCUGCCACCCUCUCCAAAUACAACAUCCCCGUCAUCGCGGACCGUCCUGGUGUAGGUCAAAACUUGCAGGAUCAUAUCCUGAUGGGGCCUAGCUACCGCGUCAAUGUCAUCACAGCAUCGGCCAUGGCGGACCCUGCCUUUGCCGCUCAGGCGGCGAAUCUUUUCAACACGCAACAAUCAGGUAUCUUGACCAGUCCCGUGGGCGACUUUGGUGGCUGGGAAAAGCUACCUUCGCGUCUGCGCAGCACUCUUUCCUCGACCACACGAUCAGUCCUCAGUUCGCUUCCGUCAGAUUGGCCUGAUAUUGAGUUCCUCAGUAUGGGCGGCUUCUUGGGAUACCAAGAGAACGGAGCUCAACCAACAGACGGAUACAAUUACGCUACUGUUGCUAUUGCACUGCAGGCUCCUCAGUCACGCGGCUCAGUCAGCAUUAGCAGUGCCGACACAAGCGAUGCGCCCGUCAUUGAUCCCCGAUGGUUAUCUAGCCCAAUAGAUCAAGAAGUCGCUUUAGCUGGUUACAAACGCGUGCGCGAAAUUUUCGCUACGAAGGCCAUCACCCCAGCCUUGAUUGGCCAGGAAUACUUCCCUGGUCCUCAGGUCUCCUCGGAUGCCGAACUGCUCCAACUGAUUAAGAAAUCUGUUGGUUCUGUGUUCCACGCUUCGUGUACUUGCGCCAUGGGUCGGAAAGAUGACAAGAAUGCCGUCGUCGAUUCGAAUGCCAAUGUCAUCGGCGUGAAGGGACUUCGUGUGGUUGACGCAAGUGCUUUCCCUUUCUUGCCUCCGGGGCAUCCUAUGGCUACAGUCUAUGCCUUGGCCGAGAAGAUCGCCGCUCAGAUCUUGCGCUCGUGAUUUCCAAACCACUAUCAAAUCAGCAUUGAAUAUUGACAGUGUUUGGCGAUUUCACACUGCAAGUCCAAUUUUGAGAUGAUCGAUACAAGAGAUUUUCGGAUGUAUAUAUUGUAUAGGGCGUUUACGAAUGGAAGGUUUUUUUUGAUU